GUGCUUUAAUCACAGGAACAGAGAGAGUCAAGCCCACUUUUAAAGAACAAAUAUCGAUUUCUCUGAUCUCUCUCUCUCUCUCUCUCUCUACUUUCUCUCUCUAUAUUUCUCUUUGGGCUUUGCAAUUCGAUCUCCGUCUCUCACACUAUCCAAGUCUUCAUCUUAAGCUUUUCUCUGAAUCCUUGAUUGAUCAAACGCAAUCUUAAUUUAUAUCUCUUUUUUCUCUCCAACCGACAAUGGCAAACGGUGAAGUCUGCUGUUCUACUCAGCUAAUAGAUGGAGAUGGUGCAUUCAAUAUUUCUGGAAUUGAAAAUUUUAUCAAGGAGAUAAAGCUGGGUGAAUGUGGACUUUCAUAUGCCGUUGUCUCCAUCAUGGGCCCACAAAGUAGUGGAAAGAGCACUCUGUUGAAUCAUUUAUUUGGCACCAGCUUUAGGGAGAUGGAUGCUUUUAAGGGAAGGUCUCAAACUACGAAAGGUAUUUGGUUAGCAAAUUGUGCUGGUAUUGAGCCUUGCACUCUUGUUAUGGAUUUAGAGGGUACAGAUGGAAGAGAAAGAGGAGAGGACGAUACAGCAUUCGAGAAGCAGAGUGCUCUUUUUGCUCUUGCUGUAUCAGAUAUUGUGCUCAUAAACAUGUGGUGUCAUGAUAUUGGUCGUGAGCAAGCUGCAAACAAGCCUCUCCUUAAGACUGUAUUCCAGGUGAUGAUGCGGUUGUUUAGUCCACGAAAAACGACACUGAUGUUUGUCAUACGUGACAAGACAAGGACGCCAUUGGAAAAUCUAGAACCUGUUCUUAGGGAAGACAUUCAAAAGAUAUGGGACUCUGUUCCUAAGCCUCAAGCGCACAAGGAAACUCCGUUGAGUGAAUUUUUCAAUGUUGAAGUUGUUGCUCUUUCAAGUUAUGAGGAAAAGGAAGAACAAUUUAAGGAGCAGGUGGCUAACUUGAGAAUGAAAUUUUUCCAUUCCAUUGCACCUGGUGGACUUGCGGGAGAUCGACGGGGAGUGGUUCCUGCUUCUGGAUUUUCUUUUAGUGCACAGGAAAUCUGGAAAGUUAUCAAGGAGAAUAAAGAUCUUGACCUUCCAGCCCAUAAGGUGAUGGUGGCUACUGUACGAUGUGAAGAAAUUGCCAAUGAGAAAUACUCCAGUUUUGCAGGAAAUGAGGACUGGCAGGAAUUGGAAGAGGCUGUACAAUCUGCUGCUGUUCCUGGUUUUGGAAAGAAGCUUAGUUCAAUUCUUUUCACUGUUCUAUCAGAGUAUGAUGCAGAAGCUACAUAUUUUGAUGAAGGUGUCAGAACUGCAAAGCGUAAGCAGCUUGAAGAAAAAUUGCUGCAGCUUGUCCAACCUGCAUUUCAAUCUGUGUUGGGACAUAUAAGAUCAGGAUCUCUUGACAAGUUCAAAGAAGCAUUUGAUAAAGCAUUGGAUGGUGGGGAAGGGUUUUCUGUUGCUGCUCGUGAUCGUGCUCAUUCUUCCAUGGUUCUAUUUGAUGAGGGAUGUGAAGAUGCUGUUAUACAACAAGCAAACUGGGACACAUCUAAAGUACGGGAGAAACUUCGACGUGAUAUAGAUGCCCAUAUUGCUUCAGUCCGUGCUGCAAAGCUGUCUGAGCUUACUGCACUGUAUGAGGCAAAACUGAAGGAAGCAUUAGCAGGACCAGUGGAAGCCCUUUUAGAUGGAGCAAAUAAUGAGACCUGGCCAUCAAUAAGAAAACUUCUUCAACGUGAGACUGAAUCUGCUGUCUCUGGGCUCUCUGAUGCACUUUCUGGUUUUGACAUGCAUGAAGAGACCAAGAAUGAAAUUCUUGCAAGACUAAGGGAUUAUGCAAGAGGUGUUGUUGAAGCAAAAGCAAAGGAGGGGGCUGGAAGAGUCUUGAGUGGUAUGAAGGAAAGGUUUACUACAUUGUUUAGCCAUGAUUCUGAUUCGAUGCCACGUGUUUGGACUGGGAAAGAAGAUAUUCGAGCAAUUACUAAGACUGCUCGCUCUUCUUCCCUAAAGUUGCUCUCUGUUUUGGCUGCACUUCGUUUGGAUGAUUAUGAUGUUGACAAUGUCGAUAAUACUUUAACCCUUGCUUUGGUGGAUUCUACAAGUGCUUCUGUUAAAGAUAGGAGCAUAACAACACUUGACCCACUGGCCUCAAGCACAUGGGAAAAUGUUCCAUCGUCAAAAACAUUGAUCACACCUGUCCAGUGCAAGUCUCUAUGGAGGCAAUUUAAGACUGAGACGGAAUACAUUGUAACUCAGGCUAUUUCUGCCCAGGAAGCCAACAAGCGAAAUAACAACUGGUUGCCACCUCCAUGGGCAAUUGUUGCGUUGGUUGUCUUGGGAUUUAAUGAAUUUAUGACACUUUUGAGAAAUCCUUUGUAUCUGGGGUUCAUCUUUGUUGCCUUUUUACUUGUGAAAGCCAUGUGGGUGCAGCUUGAUAUUUCGGGUGAAUUCAGCAAUGGCAUCCUUCCUGGAAUUCUCUCACUAUCUACCAAGUUCCUUCCCACUGUCAUGAACAUUAUCAAGAGACUAGCAGAGGAAGGGUCAGGACAAACAGCUACAGCUAAUGGUCCUCAAAGGAACCCUGCACUACCAUCGAGAAGUUUCCAUAAUGGAGUAAAUACUACCAGUAGUGAAAUGUCUUCUAGUGCUUCGUCAGACCUGACAGAAACCGAUAACUCUAGCUCCUCUAAACAAGAUUAGAUGAAAAUAAUCUCCUAACUGGAGGGUAAUUUUUCUUGUGUUUGAAGAUGCUUCGCACUCGAUGAUGGGGGUGUUGACCGUAUUUGGUCCGCAUAUACCAAGUCUGUCAGCUUGUAUGCUUAUUCUUGCAGGCGUGUAAGGUUUAAUGGUUCUUAAAGGCAUUGAUUUUUGGGUAAGUGCCAUAUACAGGGGGGCCGUCAUUUAUUGUGAGGAAGCAAAGCCCCAUUAAGUAGUAGUUUUUUGUUUAUCAGUUAGGUUUAUUUUCUUUCUUUAUUAUAUUUUAUUAUUAUUAUUAUUUUUUUUGGGGGCUGUUUGUUGGAUGAGCAACAGAGUUUUGUUCAAAUCCUCUAUAUUGAUGUUUGUUGAUUAUGCUGGUUUGUGCAUUCAAUUUUGUCAACCGUGACAGUUGUAAGGCUGUGUUUAAUUGUAUUUUCAUUGGAAGGCAAACAUUAUAUAGUAAGGAAUUCUUCAUAGACUAUUGUUUGUACGAACAUUGUUUGGUGAAAAAUACAAGAAAAAAUUACCUACUGAGAUACUCAGCAAUAAAAAGAGAUUGGAUUUUUGUGUUUGCUGCA